AUGACUAAGCUGUUUGCAGCUGUUGUGUUCGACACGGGGUACUGCCCAGCCGCCUAUGGGCUGCUCACCCAGGUGGAUGGUCAUAGCCUCCCCUCCUGCUGGAGCCACACUUGGCUUUUGCAGAGACUGGAAAGGGCUCUGUCUGAUGGCCUUCCUUACCUGGCUGCUCAACAGUGCCACUUUGCACAGUUACAGCAGCUGUUUGAGGAUUUUGUUUAUAUGCCAGGACUUUUCCCACACGCCUGCUCAGCUCUUGUGAGAAAAAUAGCCGCUGAAUUCCAAAGCUUCACGAGUAAAUCUCUCAAGGAACACAUUUUGCCUCCUCUGAUGAACAUGUUAAUUUAUUUCAAUUUUUAUAAAACUCCCCUUCUCGUGGAUUUAAAGAGACCCGAGUCGAAGAUCGCCCACACAGUGAACUUCUAUCUCAGGCCUGAGCCUGGGGUGUUGCUCGGCAUCUGGCACACAGUCCCCAGUUGCCGGGGAGAGGAUGCCAAGGGGAAGUGUCGCUGCUGGUAUGAAGCUGCCCUUCAUGAUGGGAACCCGAUUAUUGUUUAUCUUCAUGGCAGUGCACAGCACAGGGCAGCUCCUCACAGAAUUAAGCUGGCAAAGGUGCUGAGUGACGGAGGCUUUCAUGUCUUGUCAGUGGACUACAGAGGGUUUGGGGAUUCUACGGGAACGCCCACUGAGGAGGGGCUAACCAGAGAUGCUAUUUGUGUCUAUGAAUGGACCAAGGCAAGAAGUGGUAGGACCCCUGUGUGUCUGUGGGGCCACUCUCUGGGAACAGGAGUUGCAACAAAUGCUGCGAGAGCAUUAGAGGCGAAAGGGUGUCCAGUGGAUGCCAUUGUCUUAGAAGCUCCAUUUACCAACAUGUGGGUGGCGAGUAUCAACUAUCCUCUGCUAAAGAUUUACAAGAAGCUACCAAGAUGUUUAAGAAUGCUAAUGGAUGCCCUUAAAGAAGACAAGAUAGUCUUCCCCAGUGAUGAAAAUGUGAAGUUCCUGUCUUCCCCACUUCUCAUCUUGCAUGGAGAAGACGACAGGACAGUGCCUCUGGAGUGUGGAAAGCAGCUCUACGAAAUUGCACGCAAAGCCUACAGGAACAAAGACAGGGUCAAAAUGGUUGUCUUCCCUCCAGGCUUCCAUCACAACCUUCUUUGUAAAAGCCCCUUGCUACUGAGAAGUGUGAGAGACUUCCUGAGCCAGCAGUGGGCAUGAGGGCCUGGAGGAGCAGAAAUCGACAGUGAAGAUGGGGUACAAAAGUCAUCUGAGCUGUGUGGUUUCUGUGUGCAAAAUUGCAUUGGACUACUUGAGUGAGCCAAAGCCCCUGAUGCUUCCA